AUGGCGAGUGAAAGAAUUGAAUUCGUACGAGGAAGAUUCUUCAAUAAUUCUACGAGCGGUGACGAUGAGAUCAUCGUUGUUGACGGAGAACAUCGGACAGAGAUUGUGUCGCCCGGCAGUGUUGGUAGGAAGUACUCGGACCGAGAGACAAGCGACGAUUACGCGGAACAUGACUCCCAGAAGGAGGGGUGCAGAGAUACAGAAUGUGCCUCGUCUAGCCAGCCGGAUAACAGUGAUAACGACAGGGACAUAAGCGAUAACCUUAAAAGUGCCAAUCCAAAAAAACAAAAAGUGCAACGACAGGUCCGACUUAGUAUCAACGCCCGCGAACGUCGACGCAUGCACGAUUUGAACGAUGCAUUAGACGAACUCCGAUCAGUUAUACCGUACGCUCACAGUCCGUCCGUCCGAAAAUUGUCUAAAAUUGCUACUUUAUUGUUGGCUAAAAACUACAUUCUAAUGCAGGCAAGUGCGUUGGAAGAAAUGAGACGUAUGGUAACUUACUUGAACCAAGCACAGACAGUGCCCGCUAGUGCAAUGUAUGAAACGUAUUCAUAUACACGCGCUCCGACAGACAAGUCGGCAUCGUCGUUGUUCCAAGGGCCUAACACCCCAACAACAGUACCAACGUCGCCGCCCCCACUAUGCAAACAAUGCGGCGAUAAGCCAUGUAACCCCAGUACAUGA